UCUCCUCAUUUACCGGCUCGCCACGAAUCGGUUUAAGGGAGAUAUCGAGCUAUGGUUUCAGUACCUCGAAUUUUGCAGGGCGCGAGGUCACGGCAGGAUGAAAAAAGCAUUGGCUCAAUUAGUCAGAUUUCAUCCAAAAGUGCCUGGUGUGUGGAUAUAUGCUGCGGCUUGGGAGUUCGACAACAAUCUGAAUGUUGCUGCUGCCCGUGCUCUGAUGCAAAAUGGUUUGAGGUCCUGUCCAGCUUCUGAGGAUCUAUGGGUGGAGUAUCUUCGCAUGGAACUCACGUACCUUAACAAGUUGAAAGCUCGAAAGAUUGCCUUAGGUGAGGGUAAAGCUAGUGGCAAGAAGAAUGCUGAUGAGCAACAGUGGAGAGAGGAGAACCAGGACUUGUUCAUGUCUUUGGAUGAGAAUGUGGAUAAGAUAUCUAGCUCUCAAGAAAAACCGGAUGUGUUCAGGGAGCAUGGCUUGACCCUCCUUGAUACUGUCUAUAGUGGUGCGAUUGAAGCCUUACCAACUUCCUUCGGUCUAAGAACUCGGUUUCUGAAUAUACUUGAAGCAACAGAGUUGGUUAAUUCAGAAGAAAUGCGAACAAAGAUACACCAUGACAUGAAAAGGGAUUUUUCAAAGGAUCCUCAGUACUGGGACUGGCUUGCUAGAGUUGAAAUAGCUGAUACCAAAGGAGUAAAUUCUGUGCAGUUAGGCAGAGCAGUUCAGGUUUAUGAGGAGGGUUUAAAGUCUACGCCAUCACCUAUCAUGGCUGGACUUUAUUUAAAGUUCCUCAUGGAAGCAGUUGAUAGGGAUGGAGAAGGUGUCAUUCAAUUCGACACUCAUGCUCCUGCCAUUGAGAUUGUUUCACAUAUUUUGGAAGUAUUUGAGAAGGCUGAGAGCCUUGGCUGCAUUAAUGAAGAUCUUGCUUGCCAACAUGUUUCAUAUCUUUUACACUUAAGUAAAUUGGUUGAAGCCAAGAUGCUCGCAGAAAAACUCUGCUCUGGAAAGUUUCCAAAUGCAGUGAAUUUAUGGACUUUACGACUCACCAUAGAAAUGAAGUGUAUUCAGAAUAAAUCUCUCACACCGAGCAAGGCUGAUCUGCUCUAUAUCUUCGAAUUGCUGAGAAAUAUUCUGAAGAAACUUAGCGUUUCAGAAGCAGAGAGUUUGUGGAUUAUGGGGCUGAAAUAUUUUGCAAAUCAGAGACGUCAUUUUGACGAGCUUGUUGAGAUGUCAGUUCUAUUAUUGGCCAAAGAUGGUGGAAAUGAUAGCGGUUUUUCACUCUCAUCAACUAUUGUAAAUUAUGUACUUCAAAGGGAUGGAGUUAAAAGUGCAAGAGAGAUGUAUAAGAGAUUUCUUGCUUUACCACAUCCUGGACUUAAACUAUACAGAGAUUGUAUCGAGCUAGAGUCGAACCUUGCAUCUGCUGGUGAUAAGACUGGUCUGACCAAUGCCCGGAAGCUAUAUGAAUCUGCGCUUACAACUUAUGACCAAGAUGCAAGCCUAUGGCGUGACUAUCACUGCUUGGAGAUAAAGAUGGGAACUUCAGAAACUGCUGCAGGUGUUCAUUGGCGUGCUAGAAAAACCCUAAAAAACAAUGCUGCCCAGCUCUUAUCUACAAAAUCAUGACGACUUAUGUAUAUCUUAAAUCGUUAGCUUUGAGCUAGUUGUUUGCGUUUCAUUUUGAUUGUUGUAUUGCAAUAUAUAAGGAAACAAAGAGCUAAAGCUGUAAUUCAAUUUUGUUUUCAUUUUUUUGGAGGCAA